AUGGCUGUGAUGGAUCCCAAGGAUAAAAGUCACGUCCCACCCUCCGUGGUUGACACCCCCAUGGGUAAAUCAGAGGGUCCCGGGGAUGUCCAAGAAGGUGUAUUUGCCGAUAAUGCCGAUGCCCUGCAGCGUCAUCUGGGCAAUCGUCAGAUUCAGCUGAUUGCCAUCGGUGGCUCCAUUGGAACCGCUCUCUUCGUCAGUAUUGGAUCAGGUCUAUACCAUGGUGGUCCCGGUAGUCUCUUCUUGGCCUUUACCAUUCAAUCCAUCUUCCUGGCCAUGAUCAACAACUGUCUCGCGGAGAUGACCACAGCCUUCCCAGUCAGUGGUGGUUUCAUUCGGUUGGCGGGGAAAUGGGUGGACGACGCCCUAGGAUUUAUGGUCGGCUGGAAUUUCUUUUUCUACGAGGCUCUGCUGAUUCCGUUUGAAAUCUCUGCUUUUACCUUGGUCCUUUCCUUCUGGAGUGAGAAAGUCACCGAGCCUGGCCCAGUGGCCGGCAUCUGUGCUGCCGUGAUCUUGUGCUACGGUUCAUUAAACAUUUUGGCGGUCAAAGCCUACGGUGAAGCCGAGUUCUGGCUCUCCGGCGGCAAGGUCAUUCUCAUCUUCUCUCUCUUCUUCUUCACGUUCAUCACCAUGGUUGGGGGAAACCCGCAGCAUGAUGCCUAUGGUUUCCGAAAUUGGAACAACCCAGGCUCCUUCAUGGAGUACCUCGACACCGGGGCUCUGGGACGCUUCGAAGGUUUCCUCGGAUCUCUGUGGUCGGCGGCCUUUGCCGUGGUUGGGCCAGAGUACAUCUCCAUGGUCGCGGCCGAGGCGAGACGUCCUCGUGUGUACAUCAAGAACGCCUUCAAGACCGUCUAUAUCCGAUUCGGUAUCUUCUUCAUUGGUGGCGCCUUGGCCGUGGGCAUCGUCUGCUCUGCACGCGAUCCACAGUUGACCAACGUGGUGACGGGAAAAACGGGCGGUUCGUCCGCGGCGGCCUCGCCAUAUGUCAUUGGCAUGCGAAACAUGGGAAUCGCCAUCUUCCCAUCAAUCGUGAAUGCUCUCCUCUUGACCUCCAUCUUCUCAGCGGGCAACACCUACACCUACUGUGCCAUUCGAACCCUGUAUGGUCUGGCGCUUGAGGGACGUGCCCCACGUGUGCUUACCAAGACCACCAAGAGUGGUGUGCCCAUCUACUGCUUUGCCUUUGUCAUGAUCUUCCCGAUCCUGUCCUUCCUGCAGGUAUCCAACAGCUCUUCUAUCGUGAUCACCUGGUUCGCCAACCUGGUCACUGCCGGAGGUCUAAUCAACUACAUCGUCAUCUCAAUAACCUACAUCUGUUUCCACCGCGCCUGCAAAGCCCAGGGUCUUGACCGCCGCACCUUCUCCUACUUCGCGCGUCUCCAACCCUUCUGUGCCUACGCCGCCCUCGUCUGGAUGAUCCUCGUCACCAUCCUCUACGGCUACCCGGCCUACAAGCCCUGGAAUGUCUCAACCUUCUGGUCGGAUUACACCAUGCAGAUCGUCAUCCCCCCUCUCUUCCUGGUCUGGAAGCUCCUCAAGAAGACCAAGUGGCUGAAGCCUCAUGAGGUGGAUCUCGUCUGGGAACGCCCUUUGAUCGAUGCCUACGAGGCGAGUUUCUUGGAUCCGCCAGUCGGAUUCUGGAGGGAGUUCGGCCAGUUGUUUGGAUUCCGUCGUGUCCAGGGCGGAAACGAUCAACGGAGGGCUUCGGUGCAUCGGCCUAUGCCAGAUGACGCCUCAGAUGAGGUUGUUGCUUGA